AUGAAUCCAUUUAGCCACCCUCCUGGCUUCAUGGACCUAUUAAAUAGUCAAGGAGAAACCCACACCAAUCCUUAUGAUAUUGAUUCACCAAAUAUUGAACUUGGUGAAUCACAAGUUCCGGCGUUUAGCACUCAAUAUUCAGAUGCACAACAUGAAGACCGUAGAUCAAGAAAUAAAUGGGCACCAGCAGAUGAUAUUCUUCUCAUUAGUGCAUGGCUAAACACGAGCAAGGAUCCCAUAGUCAGUAAUGAGCAAAAACGUGCAUCUUUUUGGAAACGAAUUGCAGAUUAUUUCAAUGAAAAUCUGAAGGAUGCACGACAAAGGAGAGAAGUCAGUCAUUGUAAGCAGAGGUGGGGAAAGAUAAAUGAUAUAGUGUGCAAGUUUGUUGGAUGCUAUGAGGCUGCGACAAAGGAAAAAUCAAGUGGCCAAAAUGAGAAUGAUGUUAUGAAGCUAGCAAACGAUAUAUAUUAUAAUGAUUACAAUUUGAAGUUCACAUUGGAGCACGCUUGGCGAGAGCUAAGACAUGAUCAGAAAUGGUGUUCACCUUCUACUACUAACCGGACUGGCACGGCUAAAAGAAGAAAGGUUGGGGAUGGCUCUGGACAGUCUUCAAACUCCGAACCAAUGACUCGUCCACCUGGUGUUAAAUCUUGCAAGGGAAAGUCGAAGAAGAAUGUAAACGAGACAUUCCCUGUUGUUGAAGAUGGAAAAUAUCUGUCGGAGUUAGAGGCAAUCUAUGAGUUAAAAGAAAAAGAUUUUGCUUUGAGAGAGAAGAUAAGUAAUCGCAACAUGCUUGAAAUGAUACUUGCAAAAACAGAGCCACUUAGUGAUAUUGAUAUUGCUUUAAAGAACAAGCUAAUUAAUGAUUUGUUAAGCUAA